AAGGCUAGGCUGCUAGUUUCAAGAUGGCGGACUUUUUGUCAUGUUGAGUUGAAAGACGAAGAACGUUAAAAAUAUAAGAUAUUCUGCUGAUAAAUUAAUUAUAAGACAGGAAAAAUGAUAUCAGAGAGCUCUGAAGAAGAUAUCUGGGUCAUCUCAAGCUGGCGGACGGACAUUCCCAAUAAAGUCAAGUUCAUAAACCAAAGCAUAAGUCGUAUGCCAUUUCCAGACUGUUGUUACCAAGUCGUCCAUGCCUUGGAUCGGUACUUUGAAUCAAGCGAUCCAGAAAGUAUCAAGACUCCAGCACUUUUUAUAUCCGCGUUCCUUGUUGAGCUCAUAGACCAGUAUUUAUUCCACAUCACGGACCAAAACAAAUCUUCUCUCACUGCUUUGCAAGAACUUCGUCUUUUAGAGCUUCUAAAUAAACAUUUUAAGGAGCAAAAGUCUGAUUUUGUGAGAUGGUUGGUGUUUGAUACACUCUUUAGUUUUUCGAACCAGGAACAAAAAGAGAAAAAGUUUAACAGAAGAUUAGACCUGCUGACCAAACUGGUUUCCAUGGCAAUAGCACUAAGGAACGGUAACAUUAUGGACUGCAUGGCAUUGUGGAUGCAGAAACACCGUCAUUUUUCAUCAAUUGUUGUCCAAGUAUCGACAUGUGUCAUUGAAGACUACUCUUGUUUGGUACCUGUUUCUUUGCCAUUUUUGCAGUCUGUAUCACUUUCUUCUCCACAUCUUGCAUGUCAGUUGAUUGUUGCUCUGACAAGUAUUCAUACAAUGAUUACUACAGAACAUUCUUCAGAUUCUCUUAACCUGCACCCAGCUCUAUCAACAUUAAAAGUCAUAGUGAAAUGGAUAAGCCAAGAUCCUUCCAUCUGCCUGAUCAAACCCAACAGGACAUUAAUUACUCUCCCCUCCCUACACAGUCCAACAGCUGCUUCUCCAGACUCACCACCAUUACCUCUCUGCCCAGUAAGAGGCCUGGUACAAUGGACAGUCCUUGAACCUUUGACUAGACUAAAGUUAAAUGAGUCAUCAGACAUGAAGCAAAGUCUAAAAGACAUGUAUUCAGAGCUCCAUCUUGGACUCCUUCAAGCUCUCGUCAUGUCUGGGAAAAGUAAAUUUAAUCCUAAGGAUGAUAUGGAACUAGAACCUGGAGAAGUGAUGGAUGAAUCAGACACCCUGCGGCACUUGCUUGACAGUAAGGAUCUUAAAAGAUUGACAGAGAGCAUGGUGAAAUUUAUUGAUAGUCUGAAUGAAGCUGUUGACAUACUACCUGAUGCAAGGAAUGACGCUGUUAAUAUAUCAAUUGACAGAAUAGCACAGAUCAUUCAAGUUUCCAUAGCAACUGGUUGUUUAUCUAGUAGUAAAGGUGACCUUUUAGAAAUAUGUAAAUCAGUUCCAAACAAUUGUCUCGAAACUGUCGUAGCUAACCUGGAUUCUCUCUAAAUGGCGUAAAUCUUCAAAACAAAAUAAAAAAUACUGAAUAGAUAGCUUUGGAAAUGAGCAGAUAAGCUGGCAGUAACUGAUAAUUUUAAUGUCACGUUUUCUUCAAGUAAUUCUGUUUUCAUAAUUUUGCAUUAAAUUUUUGACUUAAAGACUGUGAUGAGAAUUGUACUUUUCGGAAAUCAAUAAAAUCAUAACGGUUCAUUGUGAAGUAGAAAAUAUUAUACAUACAUGGAGUAU